AUGACUGCUCAGUCGAGCCACACGGGCAUGCAACGCUCGUCUUUUGGCUUGCGCUACGCACACUUCGCGGUGUUGUGUAUAGACCAUAGUGGACACCUUCGAUUAGAAGGAUCCCCCUCUAUUGCAGGAUGCGAGAAGGACAUCUUCACUGAGGAUGUGCAGGGGAGAUUCUUGAGGUCAGUGGCUUCAGCAUGGCAGUCAAGCCUACCGAGCAUUCAUUCGAGUGAGUCCAACCACGCUGACACGCUUGGUCACCUGAGCGGCGAAGGCGCGGGCUACGAUCCCUGGUACCAUCAAACGGCCACGACAAGACCGGCUGGACUCAUUCCAUGUGAUUUAGUCUCUAUGCGCAACAACAAGAACGCCCGACGAAGCUUGAGAAAGACAAACCCUGCUUCGAUUUCGCCUUUAGGACGGAAGCCUGGAUCUCCUACACCGGGCAAAGUCAUCAGAACAACAGCCCUGCGGCUUGGAGAUACAGACAGCCUUCGCCAAUACUACGAAAAGGCAUUUGACCAGUUCCAACAGCUGAAUUGCCGGGUGAUUGCAAAAGCAUUAAUCAAGCUAGUGGAGCCCCGCAAGCAGGUCAACUAUCCUUAUAAUGGUCGGCGGACUUCGGGGUCCGGUUCACAGAAGAUGGACCCUGAGCUUACCAAGCCAGGCUGGUGGCCGGAUGGGGUGACACACCGAGAGCCUGACCACCUCUUCAAGCGCGAGCGGAUCAGAUUGCUUGUGCACAUCCUGUGCGACCUAAGAACCAGCAAGGGAAUCACAGCCAAAAGUCUCGAGGAAGCAGGCCAAGAUGUCCGACGAGCGAUUCAGCCUAGUACACGGCUAGCUGUCUUGGACGAGAUCUUCUAUGUCCGAAAGAUGGAAGAACUAUACUUGGACGGAAAGAUUAGUGGCGAAACAACAAUUCGCGUCAUGCAAGCUCAUCUUACUGAUGAAUACUGCGUUCCUGAGCCACAGGAACAAACAACAGAUUGUUCUCGUGUGCAUUCUCAAGCCAGAGCACUCCCUUCAGAUUCACAGAAACUGGAAGAGAUUGCUGAGCAACACCGAGACGGUGAUCGUCCCGAGAGGUCCUUUCAAUUGAAGUGCAAAAGCCCAUCAUCUGUAGAUGGGAGCCAAUCCGAGAAGGACUCAUCCAGUCCAAGCGCUUGUUUCUCCCUCUCUCCGGCAUCAACUUCUACGACUAACCGCGAAGGCUCCCUGGAAAGUGGCAUACCCAAGGAAUUAGCCGACGUUAGUGGUUCGUCCAAGGCAAACAGAGAUCCUGGUACGUUUAGAGACAUUCAUUCAACCGUGUCCCAAUGUUUGCCAGAAUAUUUCGCUCAGCAGGUGCCACAUCCGCCCAGUGGGCAGGGCGCCCCAUCGGGUUAUUGGGCCACCCUCCCAUACAAUGGUUACUGAUCAUUGACGGUAGAACUGGCGGGAGUCCCCCUCUGUAAGCGCUGUGAGCACUGUGUACACCAUAAAUAUGCCCUCGUGACGAAGUCUGUGC